ACACUUAAGCUUAACUAAACAUGAUGAUGGAAAGGAUAAAAGAUUGUCAUGACAACUCCUGCCAUACCGGUCCACCUACAGUUUACGAUAACCAUGGCAACGAUGACUCGUGAAAGACAAUCCAUAGCAAUAGUGACGACGAUGACAAUAACGGUGACAAAGAGAAUUUUGUCUACCUAGCCCUGUCCAAAACAUGACACUUAAUAAGGGAGUCUAGAUCGGAAAACAGACAAGUGACAGUGUCUCGAGAUUUGACAAAUCCAGUGUCUCAAUUACCUCAACCUCCUUAGCGACAGCGGAGGAACGACCAAAAUUUUUACUGAUAUGUGAUUUAACUACCCUUAUCCUGACUUGCUUAUUAGUUCUCACUGACAGAUAACAUUUCUAUCUUUUUAUUCCAGUUAAUUAACCUUUACAGUAUGGUGACUGGACAAAUCAACCAUUCACUGGUGAUCAUCAUUGGUUUCUUCUCGCUUGUGAACGCUCUCAUCAACCCGAUCUUGUAUGGAAAAAUGAGCCUGAGAUACCGCCAAGGAUAUGUGUACAUCUUCAAGAAAAUCUUGUCUCUGUGCGGGGCACAAAAACCCGAUGGUUCAUUUUUUGAUGCUACUCGUCGAGCUGCCUCUACGAUGGCAAGACAUUCAGCGGCUCAAGCUUCGUACAAAUCAGCAGCUCGUAAAAGUAUUGAUAUUUCAAAUGAAGAAGACGGAGUGCAGAGAAUGGAUAAUAAUAGCACUUCUUCAAGAGCAGCUGGAGUAAGAUUUGAGGUCAACGACAAGCGAGUGGUGGAAAAUGAAGAGGAUGGAACACACAGCGGGAUUUUUCUGAUUGAGGACGGCAAUGCUAAUUUCAAAAGUCUAGACACCAGCUCUCUGCAGGUUUCUGCGCAGAACAAAGACGAGGAACAUAAAACGACUGAUUCCGAGUACACAACGCUGGAUCAAAGUUUUGACAGUGCCCUGUAGAAUUUAUACCAUUGCGUAUGCUCUGCUGCCGUUUGGGCUUAUCUCGUACCCAGUUUACUGCUUGACUCAGGGCCAUGCCUAGAGCCGCUGAUUAGGCGAUUUUGCAGUUGUGUGCUUAGUUACCUGGCCUAUGAAUGCAAGUGAGGCUAGAGGUGACCUUGCUUUGAUAC